AUGUCCAAAGGAAAAGUUUGUUUGGCUUACUCAGGUGGUCUCGAUACCUCAGUCAUCUUAGCUUGGUUGCUUGAAGAAGGUUACGAAGUUAUUGCAUUCUUGGCUAACAUUGGCCAAGAAGAAGAUUUUGAAGCUGCCGAAAAGAAAGCUUUGGCUAUUGGUGCAACAAAGUUUGUAGUUGUGGAUGUUAGAAAGGAAUUUGUUGAAAAGGUUUGCUUUCCUGCUAUUCAAUCCAAUGCUAUUUACGAGAACGUUUACUUAUUAGGUACUUCAUUGGCUAGACCAGUUAUCGCUCAAGCUCAAAUCAAAGUAGCAGAAGAUAAUGGUUGUUUUGCUGUAUCCCAUGGAUGUACUGGUAAAGGUAAUGACCAGGUUAGGUUUGAAUUGUCUUUCUACGCUUUAAAGCCCGACGUUGUUGUUAUUGCUCCUUGGAGAGAUCCUGAUUUCUUCAACAGAUUUGCUGGCAGAAAUGAUUUAUUAGAAUAUGCUGCAUCCAAGAACAUUCCCGUAGCACAGACUAAAGCAAAGCCAUGGUCAACUGAUGAGAAUUUAGCCCACAUAUCUUUUGAAGCUGGAAUUUUGGAAAAUCCUGAUACCACUCCCCCUAAAGAUAUGUGGAAAUUGACAGUAGACCCCACUGAUGCUCCUGAUACACCUGAAGACUUCUCAGUUGUAUACGAGAAAGGUUUACCAGUUAAGUUAGUUUUGAAUGGAGGUAAGAAGGUUGUAACGGGUCCCGUUGAAUUGUUCAUCGAAGCCAACUCCUUAGCAAGAAGGAACGGUGUUGGCAGAAUUGAUAUAGUCGAAAACAGAUUCAUUGGUAUCAAGUCUAGGGGCUGUUAUGAAACUCCUGGUUUGACCAUUUUAAGGGCGACUCAUGUUGAUUUAGAGGGUUUGACUUUGGAUCGUGAGGUACGUGCCAUUAGAGAUCAAUUUGUCACCACUACAUACUCAAAAUUAUUAUACAAUGGUAUGUACUUUACUCCAGAAUGUGAGUACGUUAGGUCUAUGAUAGCACCAUCUCAAAAGACAGUAAAUGGUGUUGUUAGAGCUAGAGCUUACAAGGGUUCUGUGUCAAUCUUAGGAAGAUCAUCCGACACAGAGAAGUUGUACGAUGAAACUGAAUCCUCCAUGGAUGAACUUACCGGUUUCUCUCCUGAGGAUACGUCAGGUUUUAUUGCAGUACAAUCAAUCAGAAUCAAGAAGUUCGGAGAGGCUGCCAGAGAGAAAGGGGAAGAGCUAGCAUUAUAG